GUAGUACUGCUGGCUAGUUAUUAGGUUGGACCAUGGUUGGACGGGAAAAAAUACACACAAACAUUCUUCCGCUUGGAUACAAUGAACGACAGGACGACGACAUGUUGUACAGAACGACGACAAAUGUUCUAUUUUGUGAAGUAAAGUGCAUGACGUUAGCGUGUGUUUCCAUUACAUCAGAUCGCCAUAUCUAAAGUUGAAUGUCCAUCCAACCACACCUCAAUAGUCUUUCCUACUAGACGUUUGGUAUGGUUCUGUCUUCAAUUGGUCAACGACUGCGGACGAGGGCGGCUUCUGACCGACAGAAAGCUGACAACGGAAAGGUUGGUUACAUGUACGUAUAUCAUGAAUGCCCUGACCCUUAGUACCGUGUAUUGUCCUAAUGACACAAUCCCCGGGGCAUCGCCAUCUUCCGACUGACUUAACCGGUUUUAGACGGCUUGUUAGGGCCUGUGGGUAGCAACUGUAGCAAUUGGAGAGCGAAUGGCCAUUUUGAAAAAAGUUCUUCGUUGCGGCAAUAGCGGCAGCUUAGGCCUAGCACAUAACAAAUUAUUUUUGGCUUGGCCUCGCGAACGAAGAGGGUUGUCUCGUGGUGUCCGACGCAUUUUCGCCGAUUGCAACGACCGCUUACUGACAGGAACACUUGGCUUCAGCCGUCGCAGAGAGUGGCGAGUCCGGAGUUGGCGCUUCAGGAUUAUACGUGAAUGAAAGACGUCGAUAUCCUUUUCCCGGUUCGUUGACUGGGCACCGCGCACGUUGGACACCCUUCUGUGUUUCCUGUAUCCAACCUGUCAUCCUCCUGUCGGACGUGUGUUAACGACCGGCGACACCGUGCCCCUGCCACCAUGACGUAACACCCCCGGCUAGACCGUCCAGCCGACCAUGGUGGUGGUCGCCCCUGACGGCGGCUGGAGCUGGAUGGUGCUGUUCGCCGGGCUGGGCGCCAUGAUCUGCACGGAGGGCAUGGCCGAUGCCGUCAGCGUGCUGGUGCCCGCCUGGCUGGACAAGUUUCAGAGCUCCCGGGGCAGCACGGCCUGGAUAGGCUCACUGCUUUGUCUCAGGUUCAUAGCAGGUCCUUUCGGGGGUGUUCUGAUUAAGAAGUUCGGAUGUCGGAAGGUCGGCAUGCUGGGCAGCCUGAUGAUGUCCGCGGGGAUCGCCCUCAGUGCGUUUGGGACCAACGUGCCUUACAUGUACUUCACAUACGGGAUUCUGGGAGGAACUGGCUGUGGCCUCCCUCUGCUAGCCGCAAUCGUCAGCGUCGGUCAGUACUUUGACAAGAAACGUCACAUUGCGUACGGCAUCUCCGUCGCCGGUGUCGGGGUUGGCAUCUCUCUCUUCUCCAUGUUCCAACAGUUCCUCCUGGACGAGUUCGGCUGGUUCGGGACAGCUCUCAUCAUGGGCGCGGUCUUACUCAACAACUGCGUCUUCUGUGCAAUCUUCCGCCCGCUCCCGGACAUUCCCGAGGAAACCGAGAAUAAUGUGAUAACCGAGAAAGCAGUAGAGGAGGCGAUGAACUUGAAACAAGAAAAGGCAAGGUUGAUCGAUACACCAGAUACUGGGGGCGACGGACUCCUACAUGUGCCGAUAACUGCUGAAUAUAGAGAGUUACGGUCCAGCAAAAGUAACUUGAUGGCGUUCAAGGCGUUAUCUAAUGCCAUGUACCUGUCUCAUGAAAGUCUAGUUAGCGGCAGGUCACGCCCGAACUCUGCGGCAACGUCCAGGUACCACUCCAGGGGCCCCUCUCGUGUGCAGUCCAUGCACUCUCUCGCAAGUUGUCGACUCAACUCUCGCGUAGACAUCAACGUGGUCCAAGAACCUCACGAAGACGCGCCGCGAGCAAAGAAGACAUGGUUACAAAAGAUAAGACAUUUAGGAACAACUAUCCUUGAGACGCUGGAAUGGGAUCCUUCUCUCCUCACAAGUCCCAUCGUUUUGGUUUUCCUCGUUGCAAACUUGUUGAAAAGUUUUGGAAACUUCGUGCCGUUGGUGGUAUACGCGGACAAAGCCACGACAGAGGGUCUGACGUACGACCAAGCCACGUUGACCGUGUCCAUGAUGGGGUUUGCCGGCAUUGUUGGGAGGUUAUUUUUCCCGGCAGUGUGCAGCUUCUGUAAAGUCCGUUCCUUGUGGGUUUUCAUGGUAGCCGUGGUGGUGACCGGGGUCCCGCUCCUGCUGCUGCUGGUCUGGAGAAGCUUCACGGCGUACUGCUUCUGCGGAGGUCUGUUCGGGGCCGGCCUCGGGGGAGCUGCCGCCGUCGUGCCGGCGCUGACCGUGGACCUGUUCGGUGUGGAGGAACUGCCCACCCUCUACGGGUUCGAGAUGCUGAUGGAGGGGGCAACAGGUCUCAUCGCAGGGCCCAUAGCAGGUGCUCUAUAUGAUGUGAGCGGUACAUACGACUGGGGCUUCGGGCUGGCAGGCAUAGCACUCAUCGUCGGCGGUCUGAUGUUGUUCGCCAUCCCGUGCCUGGAGAGGAAAACGGACGUACCUGUCAUCGAACUUGAAGACAUUGAUGGCUACACACCCAAACUCGUCACCAUACCUGAGGCUGAACCGGAAGUAGUCGAGGCCCAACUGACGUCAGUGUGACCCCUGAAGAUAAGACACGUUAAAAAUAAUUCUCACCUGUAAAGCCUUCAAGUAUUGCCAGUCGUGGUAAAAUCUAUAGGAAUAAUGAUGGCAAUUCAA